CGCUUCAUAAGCAGUGGGGACAGGGAGAGGAGGGGCACUCACAGAACCACUGGACGUUUUUCUUUCUCCUUUCACUCCACAUUGUAACCUUUUUUAAACUUUUUAAUAUAAAUACUUUGAAUACUUUUGUUUGUUCUCUCCCCUGCUGUGAUGUCGACCCCCUCCCUGUCCUGUGAGGGGAUGUACUCCAAACUGAUAGACGACGAUAUGAACCGCAGGCCAGAUGUGGACCUCGGCGUUCACCCAGUCUCCCCAGUCAGACUGGUCCCCCGGCCGAGCGGCCCCGGGCCCUACCGCCUCGCCACCAUCUGCCUGGCCACGCUGUGUGCCGUCCUGUUGAUCUCCAUCAUAGCCGUCACCGCACACUAUAAGAACAAACCUCAGAGAGAUGGAGAAGUGACCUCAGAGAAGCAGACGCAGGAUACAGACGUGACGGCUCUGACCACCAGCAUCAAAAAACUGCAGGAGGAGAAUAAACAACUGCAGAAAGAAAAGGAUCAAUUUCAAGCCGAACUGGAUUCCAUGAAAGCCUCUAAAGCCACCGAGGUGAUCAAACCGACGACAAAGACCCCGAUCGUCUGUCCCAUGGACUGGAAUCUCUUCAACAACAGCUGUUACUUCAUCUCCAGAAACAGGAGGGAUUGGCCCGAGAGCAAGUCGUUCUGCGAGAGCAAAGGAGCUCACCUGGCCAUCAUCCACACGGCCGAGGAGCAGACGUUUCUGUGGGAUUCUCUUCCCAGAGGUCACUGGAAUUCCUACUGGUUCGGGAUCACUGACGGGGUCACAGAGGAUCAGUGGAAAUGGGUUGACGGCACCCCGCUGGUCGGAGGGUUUUGGGAAGUCGGCGAGCCCAACAACCACAUAGACGAGGACUGUGGCUACAUUGUGAAAACACAGGUGAUGGAGCGAGUGGCGAUCCGGAGCUGGUACGACGCCCCCUGCUCCAUGAGCUUGCCCUUCAUCUGUGAGAAAAAGAUGGGCGCCGGCGCCAGCACCGCCAUGCCACACUGAGCGGUCAGUUAGAUCUGAUCGUCUGAAGUAUGUCCUCUGCAUGCAUGAACGCAGCUAUGGUGCACGGGAUGAAUAUAGGAUGAAUGAAAUUAAAUGAAUUGAGGGUAUUUCAGACUUUCUGUCCUCUCAUUGUAACAUAAUAACUGAUUAAAAGUCCAAUUAAUAUGGGUUCACAGUAGUAAAUAAUUAAAGUUACUGCACUUUUAUUUUCAUGACUUCCUCAUACUGUUUUUAACCGUAAAAUAUUCCCUAUUUUCUGGGUCACUGAUCUUAUGAAUAACAUAUCAGCCUUUAAAGUAGAAAUGUGUAAGAUCUGUCCAGAACUUUUGUCAGAAGCAUUCAAAAAAUGAGCUUACAUCGUCAACAGAAUGUGAAAAGGAUACAGUGUUGACGUUACAUCAAAGACGUCUAUGUAUUGUGUUGCAGGGAUAUCUACUGAAAUUAGCAAUGCUAACCAGCUAGCGGCAGCCCGACCUGCCUUUUAAUACCACUUGUAACCUGGAGAGGCGAUACUGAGUCACUGUAGCAUUCAGUCUGCAACAGUCCAACACAAGGGCUUGUCGAUCAAGUUGAAGUUACUAAUCUUCAGAUGUGAGUUCGGCAUUUUUAUUUUGUAGCAGCAGUCUGGUUGAAUUUUUGCCAUUUAUUUUAAUUUUUUUUGAUGACUGUAAAUUGAGAUUGUAAGGACCAUGAGGUUUGUUUUGAGCAUGUGGCCAAAUCUUACUCAUUGGAUUUAUAAAGAAACUCUGACAAGAUUAUUAUGGGACUAUUUCUUUUUUUAGGACUUUAGAAAUAUAAUAAAAAAACACAACAAAUGUAGAACUUCCCAUCACGCCAAGUUAUUCAACCCAGUUUUUAUUGACACUUUUUAACAGAAGAGUUUGGAGGCAACAAAAUCAGAAGGUAAACAUGUUUUUUUUAUUAAGUUUCCUUUUAAAAGUGAAGGUGGAUGUUCUGUUUUCAUUAAUAUUCUCCCAAGAAGAUGAUGAAAAUAUCCCUCAUUAAGUAUCAUAUCAAAACUGCCUAACCUCCUUGAAUGAGGGCGGUGGUUCUUCUAAAGGUGUUUAAUAAAUGUGGUUUUACUUUUGUUUCUUUGCCUUAUACUACAUAAACAAUGUCAUAUUUUUUUGAAUGAUUCAUUUUUUUUGUUCAAUAUCAGGGAUCAAGAUUAUUAUCAAUAUUCUCAUUUAUUUUUUUACAAAUGAAAUUAUACCUUUUAGCAAUAAAUAGUGUUUAUAAAAGAAUCGUGUUGACUGUACAAGUGUCGUGAUGGCAACUGUGCAUAGGUUUGAUUAAGUAAGAAGUAAGAAUAAUCAAUUUGAAUUUAAUACACUUUUAGAUGUCAAAUUUUUCAUACGUUUUUGUUUGUUUUUUGUUGUCGAAUUGAAUGUAACAUGAAUCAAAUAUUUGAAAUUAUGCAGAAAUAUGCCUUGUGGAUCUUGUAAAUAAAUAAUAAUGAUAAUUGUUUUGUA